AUGAGCGAUUGGUUUCACAUCGAUUCCUUCGGCGAUUGGCAAUCAGUUAGCGGCGGCUCAGAUGGGCUUGAGGAUUACCAGGAUCGGAAUGAUUCUUUUGAUGACUUCGAUCUUUGGCAAGAUGACUCUAAAGAGCGGUCUUUUCAGCAGGACUACCACCCAUGGGUCUUCGAGAGCGAGGGCGCCACGGAAGGAUACGUGCAGGAUGAUCGUUACUACCAAAUUGAGAAUAUUCCCAGCGGUAACCAGGAAUCGGUCGACGACUCUGAUGAGCCCGAUGAUUACGUUCAAUUGCAACAGCAGCAGGACGUUGGUUCUGACCAGGCUCAGAAUGAUCCGAGCGACAACGACGAAUAUGACGGAGAAUCUGAUGAGCCCGAGGAUUACCUGCAGGAAGUCGAUAGUUUCGAUCAGAGCGAGUAUAGCCUGGGCGACGACAACUGGGAAUAUGAUGGCGAAUCUGAUGAGCCAGAGGAUUACGAGCAGCUGCAUCAGCAGCAGGGUGACGAUGACGACGAAUACGUCGAGGUCCACACCGAUGGCGCCUGUUCUUCGAAUGGCCAAAGCAGCGCAAAAGCUGGCUGGGGCGUCUUCUGGGGAGAGGGCCACCCAAGCAACUCGAGCGGCCCUGUUCACGGUGAGCAGACGAACAACCGUGCCGAGCUGUUGGGCGCUAUCAAUGCUGUUGGCCAGGCACGAGCACAAGGCAUUGAAAGGCUGCGCAUCAAGACGGACUCCGACUUGAUGGUUCGGUCCCAGAACGAGUGGAAGGACAAGUGGAAGCAGAACGGCUGGAGGGCCGCUACCGGCGCCCCGGUGAAAAACCAGGAUCUACUGAUGGAGCUUGACCAGAAAAUGGAGGCGCUUGAUGUGAAAUUCGAGUAUGUGCCUGGCCAUAGCGGAAUUCAUGGAAACGAGCAAGCGGACCGGCUUGCCACAGACGCCGCGGCGAGCAACAAUUCGUGCUGGAGAUCGAAGUCCAUUUGGAUUAUUGUCAGC